CAUGCCCGUUGAAACACGGCGGUGGACGCCGACCGAUUUUGCACCUUUUCCCGGCACCUGAACUCAAACGGAAGAAGACGGACAUACAUUAACGACAUAUUGAAGAGAAGCGUGCUGUAUGGCAACCGGAUCCCGAUCGACUUGAAAGCUCGUCUAGACACCCUGACUGCGUACAGCUACCCACUUGAUCAACUCCAUACCGAGCAGUCUGCGACACUGACCGCCAUCUGUCAAGACGCGAUCAACCCCACACACCGAAUUGCGCUCCCCAGACAUCAAUUGACGACUCACGGUCGUCGACCUCCACCGACCGGGCGAGGGUGCUCGCCCGAAGCACAGCUGCAAGCCCAGUGCCUGAAAGUCCCGAAUAGCGGGCUACGUACAGAUUUGAAUUGCAAAGCCAGGCCGCCGACGUGUAUUUCGACGUGCCCUGGGCAUAAACCCACUCGAAAUGACCUCGAUUCUGACGCCGCGGCAGGCAGAAGAACUGCACAAGGCAAUAAUAGCAUAUCUUUCGGCAAACAACCUGUCGAGCUCGGCCACGGCUCUGAGAACAGAGCUCGGACUAGCUGAAGAUGUCUUUGAUGCCGCUACAGCAAAGAAAUAUGAGGGCUUGAUCGAGAAGAAAUGGACCAGCGUGGUCCGCCUGCAAAAAAAGAUAAUGGAUCUCGAAUCGAGAAAUAACGCCCUCCAGAGCGAGCUCGACAAUGCGACCCCUCUAUCUCUAGCCAAACGCAACACCGAUCCUACCGCAUGGCUACCCGCACCACGACCACGAUACUCUCUCGAAUCACACCAGAACACGAUAAAUUGUAUCGCAUUCCACCCAGUCUACUCGUCAAUCGCCUCUGGCUCCGACGACUGCACAAUAAAGAUUUGGGACUGGGAAUUGGGCGAGCUGGAGAGGACCAUCAAGAGCCACACGAGGCCCGUUCUCGAUGUUGACUUUGGCGGUCCCAGGGGAGGCAUCUUGUUGGCGUCUUGCAGUUCGGAUCUCACAAUCAAGCUGUGGGACCCCUCAGACGAUUACAAAAACAUCCGCACACUUCCGGGUCACGACCAUAGUGUCAGCGCGAUCCGGUUCAUGCCAAGUGGUGCUUCCGGAGCCGCCAUGUCUGGCAACUUACUAGUCAGCGCAAGUCGCGACAUGACGCUCAAAAUUUGGGACGUCUCGACGGGCUUCUGCCUAAAGACGAUCAGGGGACACACCGCCUGGAUCCGUGAUGUGUACCCCUCCCUCGAUGGCCGUUAUCUGCUCUCGACAGGAGACGACUCUACGGUCAGGUUAUGGGAUCUAUCGGUUACCAACCCAGAAAACAGGCUGACUAUGAUUGGCCACGAUCAUUACAUCGAGUGCUGCGCACUAGCACCUCCAAGCUCGUACCCGUUCCUCUCGCGACUCGCAGGCUUAAAGAAGCCACCGGCCGCCACGAGCACCGCCGAGUUCAUGGCAUCGGGAUCACGAGACAAGACUAUAAAACUCUGGGACGCGCGCGGGACCUUGCUCAAGACGCUGAUUGGUCAUGACAACUGGGUACGUGCACUCGUCUUCCACCCCGGCGGCCGUUACCUUCUGUCUGUAUCAGACGAUAAGACAUUAAGGUGCUGGGAUCUCGAGCAGGACGGCAAGUGCGUCAAGACCAUCGGAGAUGUCCAUGAACGAUUUGUAACCUGCUUGAGGUGGGCCCCGGGCGUGGUUAUGGAUGCACCUGCGGAAGCCGAUGGACAGUCGAAUGGAACACCGCGGAAAAAGACCGAAGCAGCCCCUGCCGUGCGUAUUCGGUGUGUCAUUGCGACGGGCAGUGUCGAUAUGAAGCUGCGCAUAUUUGCAAAUUGAGCAAUCUGCUUAUAACAUGGAAUUGCAACCCUAAAAUAAAAGACAACAUGGUACAAGACAGCAAAAGAAAAUCGGGUACAGGCGGGUGCGCCCAAUGUCUCGACUGAGGGCUGCGGGACGUAUGCAGCACAGACUGGAGCCUUUGUACGUCUUCUUACAGCUUUCUUGCAUACUGCCUAGUGCGCGUAUAGAUUUACUAGAUGGCUGAUGGGCCGGUCCUUAUCAAGACGCUUCAUGAUUAUAUGACAGAAUCAGAUAGAUACCCGGUAUUUAAUCAUGAGCUUCCGAAACUGAGCUAGUAUGACCUAGCCAUCAGCUGUUGCAGUGCUGCUUUACGUCACAUCCAGCCCUCCAUUGGCUGUGAGAAAGUCAAAGUCUACACCGAACUCCGCUUGGUUGACGGAGCGCAGGUAUAGACCGCGAUAUCCUCGGACCGGAACUUUUUUGUCUUGUGAUUGAUCCAGAUUGGUCUUUGUUUCGGCCCUUGAGCGGAUUCUUCCCUUUAUCUCCUCGUCACUAACGUCGAGCUGCAGUAGCCUGUUUUCUACGUCGCACAAAAUCAUAUCGCCGUUUUGCACAAUACCAAACACACUGUCCGGCAGUGCCGACUCGGGCGAGAUGUGAAGCACCACGCUCCCUCCUGCAGUCCCACUCAUCCGCCCAUCGCUCAGCCGCAGCAUGUCUGACACGCCUUGUGCAGCCAAUUUCCGUGGGAUGGGGAUCAGGCCGGCCUCUGGCAUGCCUGGAUUCCCAACCGGACCGAUGCCCUGCAGCACGAGGACGCUGUCUGCGGUCGCAUCAAGCUCUGGGUCAUCGAUCCGGGCUGCCAUGUCGGCGCUGUUGGCGAAUACGACCGCAGGACCGCGGUGGCGAAGGAGCUUACGGUCUUUGGAGGCCGAUGCCUUGAUCACGGCGCCUCCGGGCGCAAUGUUGCCUCGCAGGACGGCUAGGGAUGACGCAGGAUACAACGGGUCUGAAAGUGGUCGGAUGAUUUGUCUCAUGAACGGGAACUCGCGGGUCAUGGGCUCGGCGUCGAGAACCUCACCUAGGGUGCGGCCUUCGAUGGUUGCAGCGCCGAGUCGAAGCAGCGGCCGGAGCGUAUGGAGCAGGGCCAGCAUCCCACCGGCGUUGUGGAAAUCGGUCAGGUAGUUGUCCCCGCUUGGCUUUAGGUCGACCAGUAGUGGCGUCUCGCGGCCAAUGUCGUCAAACGUCUGCAGUGUGAUGAGCCCCUGGAUCUGGGGGUGGCGGUUGGCAAUGGCGAGAAGGUGCACGACGGCGUUGGUGGAGCCGCCGAUGGCUUGCAGGACGGUGAUGGCGUUGUGGAAUGAAUCGACUGUCAGCAGCCCCUGCGGCGUCCGGUUUGCGGCGGCUGCGGCCACUGCGUUCCGGCCCGUCUCCUCGGCGAUGCGGAUUCGGGAUGAC